GGCGGGAUUUUCAGACGUAGCUGAUUUUUUUUCUCUGCCUCAGUAAACAGACUUGACUCUUCUACAACUUUACAUUGUUUGUAAGCGAAUACGUGUUUGUUAAGUGAUAUCUGUGUAUACAUCAUUACGUGUAUAUACAGGAACCAGACGUUGGAUUAACGACAGCUGAGUUAGACGUGAUGAACGGCCACCAGCGCCGCUGUGACUCCUCCAGUCAGGGAACAGAGAACAAACCGCAGCGGAAAAGGGCUUUCGCUGGCGCUGCACCAGCACCGUACGGCACCUGGGGCAGCGAAGACACGGACAAAAAGAGCAAGUUUCCCUUAAACAUCAGAACUCUUACUGAUGAUGUGCGGGAUCGAUUUGCAAGUAUUCGUAUCCCAGGCAGUAAGAAGGAGAGAACGCAGCUUUCCCACAUGAACAAGCAGUCCUCCUAUGAGUGGUCCACCUCCUGUGAGUUUGAGGACCUGUCGUCCAGGAUCACUUCAGAGAAGGAAAUUCUUGCUCUCUUUGAGAAAAUGAUGGAGGAUAUGAACUUGAAUGAAGAGAAGAGAGCUCCACUCAGAGAGAAGGACCUGAGCACAAAGAGAGAGAUGGUCCUUCAGUAUAUUGUCACAGCAGCUAAAACUGGCAGUCUGAAGAGCCGUCAGAUAUCUCCUCAGGAGUUUCUCAGUGAACUGAAAAGUGGAGCAACUGAUGAGAGGCUGUUUGCCUGCCUAGAUUCCCUCAGAGUCUCACUCACCAGCAAUCCAGUCAGCUGGGUACAGAGUUUUGGUCACGAAGGCCUCGGACUUCUGCUGGACAUACUGGAGAGGCUGCAGCACAAAAAACACCAAGAGAAGAUUGAUAAAAGGAGUCAGCAUAAAGUCAUCCAGUGCCUAAAGGCUUUCAUGAACAACAAGUAUGGACUGGAGCGGAUCCUCGGGGAAGAGAAGAGCUUGGCAUUGCUGGCCCGAGCUAUGGAUCCUCAUCAACCUGCCAAGAUGACGGACGUCGUCAAGCUGCUCUCUGCCAUCUGCAUAGUUGGAGAGGAAAACACCUUGGAGAAGGUGCUUGAAGCCAUCACCAGUGCCGGGGAGAGGAGAGAGACCAGCCGCUUCAGCCCUAUAGUCCAGGGUCUCACUGAUCGCUCCGUCCAGCUCCAGGUGGCUUGCAUGCAGCUCAUCAACGCUCUCGUUACGUCUCCUGAUGAGUUGGACUUCAGGCUGCACAUCCGAAAUGAGUUCAUGCGCUGUGGCCUGCGAGAGAUAUUGCCGACUCUGGGUGCUAUCAGAAAUGAGGCUCUGGACAUCCAGCUAAAGGUGUUUGAGGAACAUAAAGAGGAGGACAUGUUGGAGUUUUCUCAUCGCCUGGAAGACAUUAGGAGUGAAUUUGAUGAUGUAGGAGACGUGUUUAACACAGUGUUCAGCUUGGUGAAGGACACGGCCAGCGAGAUGCACUUCCUCUCCAUCCUGCAGCACCUGUUGCUCAUCAGGAAUGACUACUUUGUAAGGCCUCAAUACUUUAAGAUCAUAGAGGAAUGUGUGUCUCAGAUUGUACUACAUCGCAGUGGGACAGACCCGGAUUUCUCCUACCGCAAGCGUCUGGAUGUGGACUUCUCUCAUCUUCUAGAGGUGUGUGUGGACAAGGCUCGGGCAGAUGAAUACGAGCAGAGGGCUUUGGAGUUAGAGCAGAAGUUUGAUGAAGAGAUCAUGGGGAGACAGGAGGCCUUGGCCCAGCUCCUGAAGCAGGAGGAGAAAAUCAAUCAGCUGGAGGCAGAGUUGCAGGCCUUCAGAUCUCAGUUUGGUACAGCUGUAGUGGGCAUACCUACUGCUCCAACCAUGUCUUCAUCCUCCUCAUCUUGUCCACAAGGGCCUCCACCUCCACCCCUUGUUCCUGGGGCCCUACCUCCUCCUCCUCCACCUCCUCCCCCACCUUUGCCAGGUUGUGCUGCCAUGCCCGGAGUGCCUCCUCCCCCUCCUCCUCCAGGACUGGGGGGUCUCAUGUCACUCCCCAACCCUAACGUGCUGCCCUUCGGCCUUCAGCCCAAGAAGGAGUUCAAGCCUGAGACCAUGAUGAAGCGCCUCAACUGGUCCAAGAUUCUUCCACAGAAAAUGACUGAGAGCUGCUUUUGGGUUGUAGCCCAUGAGGAUUGCUAUGAAGAUGAGGAUCUUCUCGACCGUCUAGCUCUCACCUUCGGCUCUCAGAGACUCGCCCAGCGAGGUGAGGAGGACCUCGACGAGAAGAAAUUCAUUAAGAAGAGAAUCAAAGAGCUAAAAGUGCUGGAUGCUAAGAUCGCCCAGAACCUGUCCAUCUUCCUGGGCUCCUUCCGUUUGCCUUAUGAGGAGAUCAAGAGGAUGAUUGUGGAGGUAGAUGAGGAGCAGCUAACAGAACCUAUGAUCCAGAAUUUGGUGAAGACUCUUCCUGAGCAAGAACAUUUGAACGCCCUGGCCAAGUAUAAACACGAGUAUGUCAAUCUGUCCGAACCUGAACAGUUUGGGGUUAUGAUAGGUUCUGUAAAGUGCCUGCGGCCGCGGCUGAACUCCAUCCUGUUUAAGCUGCAGUUUGAGGAACAGGUGAGUCACCUGAGGCCAGACAUGUUGGUGGUGAGUGCAGUGUGUGAGGAUGUGAGGAAGAGCAAAGCCUUCAGCAAGCUGCUGGAACUUGUGCUGCUCAUGGGCAACUACAUGAACGCCGGCUCUCGCAACGCCCUGUGCUACGGCUUCGACCUCAGCUCCCUCUGCAAGUUGAAAGACACCAAGUCAGCUGAUCAGAUGUCCACGCUGCUUCACUUCCUAGCUGAGGUGUGUGAGGAGAAAUUCCCUGAUGUUCUCAAAUUCGUUGAUGACUUGCAACACGUGGACAGAGCCAGUCGAGUCUCCGCAGAGAAUCUGGAGAAGAGUUUAAAGCAGAUGGAAAAGCAGCUGCUGCAGCUGGAGAAAGAUCUGGACACCUUCAGCUCCCCUGACAACCAAGAUGACAUGUUCUACAGCAAGAUGGCCAGCUUCUUCACUCAUGCGAAGGAACAGUACCAUAAACUGGACAUCAUGCACAGCAACAUGAACACGCUGUUCCACAACAUGUUGGAGUAUUUCGCCAUCGAACCCAAGAAGACGUCUGUGGAUGAGCUCUUCACAGACCUGAGCAACUUCAGAGCCAUGUUUGUGCAAGCGGUGAAGGAGAACGGGAGGAGGCGGGAGGCAGAAGAGAAGCAGAGGAGGGCGAGGGCUGCGAAAGAGAAGGCCGAGCGCGAGAAACAGGAACGACAGCAGAGGAAGAAGAGGUUGCUGGAUGUCAACGCAGAAAAAGAUGAGACUGGAGUGAUGGACAGUCUGCUGGAAGCGCUGCAAUCCGGAGCUGCUUUCAGAGACCGACGGAAGAGAGCACCUAGACCCCGGGAUGAAGCAACUCAAAUGGUCAGCCAAAGGCCAGUUCUGAAAGACUGCAACCACGAAAACACAAAGGUACCUCUGCAAAGGUCACGGUCUCGGCAGAAUAUCAAUUUCAGCUCGGCACGAGCCCUCACUUCCAAGGAGGCUUAUUAUGAGAGUGAGUCCCAUUCAUCUGCGGCUCACCGAUCAGCCCACCGGCCAGAGAGGGAGCAGGAGAAGGAGAGAGUGAGAGCGCGAGAGAGUAAGAAGGAGCAAACUCCCCCCAGCUGCUCAGCUAAUGGCGAGACUGACGUGGAGGCACUUCUAGCUCGUCUCCGCGCCCUGUGAUGACCUCACCUCCAUUACCCGAUGCUCUUUAACCUCUCCGUUCCAUACACAUUCAAAGCGGCCCACCAUCUCUUUCGCUCUAAUGACGAGAGUCAAGCACGUGAACACAAACACAAGAGAAGUCUUAACAAUUAACCUUUAUUUUUACACGUCACUGCCCUUUUUUCUAUAACAGCCGUGUUGUUUUGAAAGAAGUGCUGCCAUUGUGCUUGACCAAAUAGUUCAGUUCAGGAUGUUUUAGUCGAAGUGCUGAGAUUGAUGGUUGUGUUUUUGUACAGAGGUUCGUCUGCGUACGUAUAAGUGAAGCUGUUCUCUACAGCAUGGCGCUUUAGUGCAGAAAACAGCGUUUUAACUCUACAGCACCUUUUCUUAAUGACGUGAACGUGUGCACUUUGGGUAAUAUCCUUUACUCUAUGCAAACUCAUUAAAUGUCUUUCUUAUAAACAGUUCUAAUCUUUUUUUGGUUCUUUUAGAAUCUCUCAGCCCUAUAUAUAGUGGCGAAGGGCUCCGAGAUCAGCUUCAUGAUCACUGGCUAUAUCGAUAGAGCAUCAUACUAUAAUUAUUCAUGAGAUAUAUCACUGUAAAUUACAAAUACAGCUAAGUUUAUCGUUCAAUGCUUAAAAUUAUAGCAGAAGACCUGGUGGUUUUCUGCUAACCUCUGCCAUUUUCUUAAUAGUCUGUUAAACUCCAUAGAAUCUUCAUUUGACACUUACUCAGGACGAAGAGCUCCAAAAGCAAUUUUAGAAAAACCAUGAGCGAGUCAUGUUGAGUGAUGAGUUUUUUAAUUAAAUCUUUUUUUUCCCCCUUUUACUUUCCCACUAGUACCCAGCAUCCCACACACACACACACACACACACACACACACACCCAAUGAAACAGUCUAGAUACUGAAUGAUAUUCCCUGUUCUCCAUACACGAGAUCAUACACACCUCUGAUUGGCUAAUGAAAGUCUGCUCGGUGGAGGAAAGAAAAUGCCGUCGUUCCUGAAGAAAAAGCAGCCAAUUACACGCUGCUUCUUAUGGCCUCCAGACUACGGAUGGUUACAGCAACAUCUUGACUGUUUAUUACUUUCCUUACAGCAUGCUUUUUUGUCACCAGGACAGGAUAAUUAUGGUAUGGAUUCCAUAUGUCAUCAACUGCUAUUACAUUUGUAUUGCCAGGUCCCAACACCAGCUUCAUCUUUUUUCUUUUUUUUUUUUUUAAACAAACAUAUAAUAGCAUGUUUAUUAUCGUGUGUGCGCUCUAAGGGUUACACAACAUAUUAGCUACAAUUAAAAAUUAGCCAUUAUUACUCUGUAACAAGCCGCAUUGACUCGAUCUCUGUACAUCUUUGGUACAGUACGUUUUGUUGUGCAGCCUCUUCUGUUCUGCCAGCGAAUGAAUCUUGAAAUUAAUUGACCUGUACACCUCUUUCUUGUCAACACGGUAUUAUCUUGUCUUUUCCUGAUUUAAUAAUAAUCUCAUGCGGCAUCGUCUUCAAAUUGAACACGACACCGUGAUAAAAUUUAGAUUUGGAUUUUCCUUUACGACCCAUUGUAAGCUCUUCGUUUCUUUUCUAACUUUUC